UCACAUGAUCUGAGCCUAGUAUAAAGCAGGAUGCAGAAGAAGGGCUGCUUAACUCUGAAGCUUCCCAGAGCCCUGAGAAAAGAGAGGACAAAGCAGGGAAGGUGAGAGGAAGACAACAGAAGAGCAAACAAGAGAAGGAAGGAAAGAAAAGAGAAAUGGAAGGUUCCAAGACACACAGCUCUGAAAGCAUGCCUGGAGACCUAUCAGAAGCCCUGAAGGAAGCCACCAAAGAGGUGCAUGAGCAGGCAGAGAGCACAGAGUUUAUGAAGAAGUUCCAGAGGGGGCAGGUGUCACUCCAGGAGUUUAAGAUGGUUAUGGCUUCUCUGUACUACAUCUACUCUGCUCUGGAGGAGGAGAUUGAGCGUAACAAGGAUCACCCGGCCUAUAUACCUGUUUACUUUCCAGCUGAACUGCACCGUAAGACUGCCCUGCAACAAGACUUGGAGUAUUUCUAUGGCCCAUUGUGGAGGGAAGAGAUCUCGUGUCCCGAGUCCACUCAGAAGUACGUGAAUAGGCUCCACUACGUGGGCCAGCAUGAACCAGAGCUCCUGGUGGCCCAUGCCUACACUCGGUACCUGGGAGACCUGUCUGGCGGGCAGGUGUUGAAGAAGAUUGCCCAGAAAGCUCUCCACCUACCCAGUACUGGAGAAGGACUGGAGUUCUUCACCUUUGAAGGGGUGUCCAAUGCCACAAAGUUCAAGCAGCUGUACCGCUCUCGGAUGAACUCCAUCGAGAUGGACCCAGCCACCAAGAAGAGAGUCUUGGAGGAAGCCAAGCAGGCAUUCCUGCUGAAUAUACAGGUGUUUGAGGAACUGCAGAAAUUGGUGUCUCAGUCCCAUGAGAAUGGUCACCCUGCACAACAGAAGCCAGAGCUUCGCACAAGAGGCACCAGCGGAGCACAUGAGCAUGGACCAGCUCCUGUGAAAGAAAGUGAAAAGACAUCGAUGAAGCACACAGGCAUGUUGCCUAGCUCUCCACUGGUACGGUGGAUUCUUGCUCUCAGCUUCCUAGUGACGACAGUUGCUGUGGGCUUGUUUGCCAUGUGAAUAGAAGAGACUCUAGACCUUGCCCUCCUGCUGCUUCCUCAUCAAACUAACACACCUAAUGCCAUCCAUCCUGCCCUCUACCCGGACACUCUGAUCUUGGCUGUGCCACUAACACUUUUCCAGUGGAUUCAUAGGACUCUGCAGGCUUCGUGUGAAUUCUCAGCACAGAUCAGAGAGCAUUUCUGAACCCACAGACUGAACUUGCUCAAAAAGCUGAGGCAGAAUCAGAAAGGUAGUGAAAGGCAUUGCUGGGACCUGGCACCGCUUCAGACAGUUCCUGCAAAGAGCCCCAGAUGUAAAGCACAGGUCUGGUAGCUUCCCUGCUGCCUGGGGAAAAAAACGCCUUACUGGUGCUUUGUUCACUCAGUGUUCUGUACAGCUGACUGAUGCAGCAACCAUUGCUUCUGGGGAGUUAUGAGGCUCCCCUCAGAUUGCAGACUGUUUUAUUUGAUACUAUUAGCCUGUUUUUCUAGCAUAUUUUCCCAAUCAUGACUCUGAUCAAUUAUGUUUUGAGACAGCAGAAUGCAGUUGUUGAAAAUACAGUGUUAUCCUUGUGUUCUGUCUGUAUAAUUUAUACACUAACAAUAAACCUCAGUGUAA